AUGUCUGGAAAAUACAAAGGAUGUCAAGCAGAGAUUAAAAAAAUACAACCGAUGGCAAGUUACUUUCACUGCGGAGCCCAUGUGACACACCUCAUCACUUCCAAAGCACUGCAAACUGCACCAUAUAUAAGGAAUGCCCUUGGAUAUGUACAGGAACUCGGCAACCUAUAUAACAGCUCUGGAAAGUUCAAACACCUGUACUUGAAUCUACAUUCUGCUGACACUGAUAAUCCUUCCCCUACAAGACUAAAGCCAAUAUGCCCAACUCGCUGGUUAACGCAUUCAGCUGCAGUUAAAUCGGUUUUGCAGAAUUUUGAAGCCGUAUUGGACGCCCUUCAUGAAGCAGCUGAAGACUUUGGGGCAAACACUUCAUCAAGAGCUAGCGGCCUUCAUAGUUGUCUUUCGUCUGGAAAAUGCAUUCUUGGAUUGUUUACAGCUUUACCUGUUAUCCAGUGCCUUGAACACUUUAACAGGGCUCUCCAAGGAACAGAUAAGACAGUUUCUGGGAUGCUUGAUGCAGCAGAAUGCAACCUAGAACCAGUAACUCUUCCACGUAAGCGCAAACUUCCAAAAAGACACGAUGAUGGAGCUACCCAAGAGUACACUGCCAACUCUGCAGAGGAAUUGUACAGAGUGGAUUUCUUCAAGGUCAUUGACAGUGCAAUUUCUAACUUAAAAGACUACUUCACAUCCACUGACCUCAUCUUGUAUAAGGACUUAAGCGACGUGCUACUUACUGGGUCCGUUCAGCCACAUACAAUUCGUAAGUAUCCUGAACUCACAGAUUCUCUACAGCAACAAUUGGCCUUCUUUCGGAAUCAGUUUAGUGGAUCAUCCGUUGAGGACUACCGAAAGAUCUUUUUGGCAAUGGUGCCGGAAGUCCGUAGAAUGUUCCCUCAAGUUGAACAGUUGCUCAGGCUUCUUCUCAUCUCCCCAGCAAGUUCAUGUGUAGCUGAACGUUCAUUCAAUGCUCUACGACGCAUGAAAACAUGGUUGCGAAGUACUAUGACUCAGAAACGUCUUAACCAUCUCAUGGUCUGCCGCGUACAUCGAGACCGACUGGCAGCAGUAAAUCCUCAAGCCAUUGCACAGGAAUUUCUACUCAAGUCAGCUGAUACACGCGGUAGAAUUUUUGGUAAAUUCUAA